CCCCCUGUGGGCGGGGAGAACGGAACAGGCUACAGAAACCUCUUUGUCCUUUUUUUGGCAAUAAGAGACUACAAUUCCCAGCAGCCCUUUAUCUCCCAGGCUCCCUUGCAGCUGCAAAGCGGUAGGUCGGCUGCCUGGCGGGAAGGAUUUGCAAGGUUUGCCGCGUGGUCGGCGCGCAAAAGCAUCUGAUGCCCAUUUUGCAAAAGCUGCGUCCAGUGACCUUGCAAGACGUGACCGCCUUUUUCAGAUACAGGCAGGGAGUGUUGCUGCAAAGCUGAGCCUUGCAUGGGAGCGGCAUGGAGGAAAACGACGAGAACGUGAAUUUCCUGGGAAAUGCCUUCGGGCGAAAGACCAUUUGUAGUUCUUCUGGGAAGUGUUUGACUGGGAAACCGGGUCUUGAUCAGCCGCUGCAAUGUGAGAAACAGUUUGCUCUACAGUGUGAACUAGUGAGACAAAAGAGGAUCCACAAGGGAGAAGAGGCCUACAAAUGUCCCGAGUGCGAGAAGACUUUUACCUGCUCAGAAAACCUUAGGAUCCACCAGAGAUUCCACACUGGGGAGAAACCCUAUGAAUGCAGGGAGUGUGGCAAAUAUUUUUCCCAAAAAAGUAACCUUGUGAGUCAUCAGAGAUCUCACACUGGGGAGAAACCUUAUACAUGUGGGGAGUGUGGCAAAUGUUUUUCUCACAAAUCUUACUUUGUGAUCCACCAGAGAUCCCACACUGGGGAGAAACCUUAUGGAUGUGGGGAGUGUGGCAAAUGUUUUUCUCUAAAAGCUCACCUUGUGAUGCACCAGAGAUUCCACACUGGGGAGAAACCUUAUAAAUGCAUGGAGUGUGGCAAAUGUUUUUCUCUAAAAGCUCACCUUGUGAUCCACCAGAGAUCCCACACUGGAGAGAAGCCCUAUGAAUGCACAGCAUGUGGGAAAUGGUUUGCCAUCCAAUCUUCCCUCAGGCUACACCAGAAAGACCAUACUGGGGAGAAACCUUACAAGUGCAUGGAGUGUGGCAAAUGUUUUUCUCGUAAAGUUCACCUUGUGAGGCAUCAGAGAUCCCACACUGGAGAGAAACCUUAUGAGUGCACCUCGUGUGGGAAACGGUUUGCCGACCAAUUUCAUCUCCUGCGCCACCAGAAAGUCCACACUGGGGAGAAACCUUACAAGUGCCUAGAGUGCGGUAAAUGUUUUUCUCAAAACACUCACCUCGUGUCUCACCACCGGAGGGUCCACAUGGGAGAGAAACCUCACAAAUGUAUAGACUGUGGGAAGGGCUUUACUGAAAAUGGUGAGUUGAUGAAACAUCAGAGAGUCCACACAGGAGAGAAACCAUACAAAUGCAUGGAAUGUGGGAAAAGUUUUGCUCAACGCUCAGCCGCUGUGGAACACAAUAAAAUCCACACUGGAGAGAAGCCCUAUAAAUGCACAGCAUGUGGGAAAUGGUUUGCCAACCGAUCUUCCCUCAGGCAACACCAGCAAGUCCAUACUGGAGAGAAACCUUACGAGUGUAUGGACUGUGGGAAGUGUUUUGUUGCCAACUCUACAUUGGUGAUCCACCAGAUUGUCCACAAAGGAGAGAAACCCUAUAAAUGCACCGAGUGUGGAGAAUGUUUUCAAUGCUACUCACACCUCGUGAAACAUCGGAAAAUCCAUACAGGGCAGAGAAAUCAUAAGUGCCCUGAGUGUGGGAAAUGUUAUGCUGACAAGUCUACCUUGGUCGUCCACCAGAGAGCCCACACGGGGGAGAAGCCAUAUAAAUGCACCGUGUGUGGGAAAUGUUUUACUUACAUUGCUAGUUAUAGAAAGCACCAGAUAAUUCACACUGGUAACACUGUCCAUUGAGAAUGGGGCAUACACUAUCUGGCAUAAGGUCUAGUGCUCUCCCCCACCCCCCAUAACAGUAAAUUUUAAAGAAAGUACCUUUCCACAUGCUUACUCAGAUGUAGAUCCCAUGGAGCUUUCCCCUUGAGAGCUGUACAAAUGAUAAUAAUUUCAUAAAACUAUACUUUCAAUGAUUCCAUUUUCUUUGGAGUCAUUGCCAAGCCACAUGGCUAGGCAUGAUGAUUGUGAUUCAUCUUGAAAUUUUUUUUUUUAGGUAGAUAAAAGAGGAUAUUGGGAGACAUUUAAUGAAAAGGAAAAUUAGUGUCUCAACAAACAAAGACAUGAUAUGAUGAUGCGGGCUGAGCGGAAGAGCUAUGUCAUAUUUGAUUGGUUCAGGAUGGUGACAGUGGGUCGCAACUACUCAGAUUGCUGGAAUCCUUUGUUGGUGAAAUGAAAUUACGAAUAUAAUCUAGAAGUGUAUAUUGAACAUAGCUUUAGAUGUGUUUCUUCACAUCCUCCUCAUUUUUGAGGCUGUCUCUCUGUGUGUAGUUCAAUAAAGGCCUGUCCUUUCA